GUACACGUCCUCGAUAUGGCUGAGCAGGUGCGGGCAGCCGGGAUGGUGUUGAGCACACAGGCCAAUGCUGCAAAGGAGCUUCUGGCCACCGACCUCAAAAGCACGUUACAGAGCAUUCUCAUGGAGGUCCAGCAGCUCAGGACUCUACUCGGCUGCCGUUUCUUGUGGAGGCGAUGGGAAGAGUUCGACUUUACGUUCUGCAACGUGGCGCUGCCAAAUGCCAUUGAGUGCUGCCUGGCUGCACUGGUGCUGGCAGUGGCGGCACUGAUUUUGGCGCUUGUCCACUACAAAAUGUGGCGGCACCUGUUGGACAACAAGGUCGUCGGCGAGGAGUUGGAGAAGUUCUCCAAGAAGUAUGGCUACUUGCAGACAAG